GUGCCUUCGGGAAAAAUAUUUAAAAAAGUAUCAUAAUUUUAAUAACUAACUUGCAAAUACCGCCAUCUGCCAUCGGUGCGCAAUCGAAAGUCCUUAAUAAAUAUUAAUUCAACUGAUCCAGAAGCGGCGCCAGCGUGCGCCGACAUUCCAACACGCGUUUAUGGGUGACGUCACACCUCUCCUGAUACAUAUGGUCUCCCAAAACAAACCCAACACCUUAAAGCUGAACAGCGUGGCUAGGCAGUCCCGACUGUACUCCGCACGAGACCCAAGAUUAAGAACUUAAACCCGAAUGAAACAAUACAACACACUGCCAGUAUUAAAUUAAGAUAAUAGUUUAAAACAUGGAGUUCGAAUUCGACCAGCCCAACGUGAAACUCAGGAAUAGUCGCACUCCGAAAAAUAAAGACGUUGAUCCGACUGUCAGAGAGUCUUUGCUGUCCGAUUCCACAUCAGGCAUUGUUAAAGGCGAAGGGGAUGAUUUGACCAGUGUUGGAUCUUCUUCCUUUUCAAGCCCUGAUUUGGAAGAAAAGAGAGAAAGGGUAUUAACGGUUGUCAGCAAGAAUGCUAUUAACUGUAAUAAAUACAACAAACAAAAGGAAGAAGAAGAAGAUGAGAAACUUCCAAAACAAGUUCAAAUUACCACAAACCCGAUAAAUUUGAUUCAAAUUGUUCAGAAUGACGCCCAGAAGGACAACUCUGAAUUUGAAAAGGAUGACGAUAAUGAUAAUAAAGAGAAAGUGAUGAUUCCUGACGGUGGUUGGGGUUGGGUAGUGGUACUAGCAUCUUUUAUAAUAUCCAUGAUUGCAGAUGGUAUAAGUUUUUCUUUUGGUCUCCUUUACAUUGAGUUUCUAGAUGAAUUUCAAGCUAGUAAAUCUACUACAGCCUGGAUUGGAAGCCUGUUUAUUGCCGUCCCUUUACUUUCUGGACCAGUGAUGAGUGCUCUAGUGGACAGAUAUGGAUGUAGAAGUAUGACAGUUUUGGGUGGAAUAAUUUCAACUAGUGGAUUUGUCCUUGCUUCGAUUUCGACUACUUUAGAAAUGAUGAUGAUAACUUUUGGAGUUAUUGCUGGAUUGGGACUUGGCCUGGUUUACGUAACUGCAGUGGUUUCAAUAGCUUAUUGGUUUGAAAAGAAGAGGAAUUUGGCUGUUGGUUUGGGAGCCUGUGGUACUGGAGUCGGUACAUUUGUUUACGCCCCAAUGACACAGUACUUUAUUGAAGAAUACGGAUGGAGAGGUACAAUUCUAUUACUGUCUGGAACAUUGUUGAAUCUUUGUGUGUGCGGUUGCGUGAUGCGAGACCCUGAAUGGUGGAUACUGGAGCAAAAGAAACAGAAGAAUAGCGAUGGUAAACUGAAAAAAGAGGAUGAAAAAUAUUCAAGUUCUUGUUCGAUUAAUACGGCUUAUAUUUUCGACUUUGACGCUCCGUCAAAGGGAAAAAGCAUGAAAGGAUUGAUUCAAAGAGGUAUGUGUCCAGAGAAAGUGAUUAAGAAUGAAGCUGCUCAUAUACGCCGUCACCAAAAUAUGAUACAGUUUAAGGAGAAAUAUUGCCAAGGAAAACUAAGAUGUGAAUCCAUGGUGGACAUACCGACUUACCUCGCUUUCAGCGACAAGACAUCAAUGAAAUUGCUCGAUUCUUUAGUGAAGAACAUAAGCAAGGACUACGAUAUGGAAGUGAAAUAUCCACCGUUUGCUAUCAAUAGAACUAAACAAAGAACUACAUCGAUUGAUUCCCCUAAAUCACCAGAAAUUGACAAUAGUCCUCCAGUGGUAACUUUCACAAAACAGCCGUUGCAUAGAACACACUCAGACAAAUAUGACUUUAAGAAGGAAAAAUCUUUUGAAGACUAUCAACUUAAGAACCCUGAACAAGGAGAUAUGUCACAAAAUAUGUCUGCUGACAAUAAAACACUCAACAAGCAAGACAGUAAAGAAAACAGAAGAGAUUGGUUGAAGAAGCAAUUAUCGGUGAACCAUCAUUAUUUAAAAGAUCUCAAAAUGCCUAUAAAUUCAAUAAGUCACAGAAAUGCAAUGUUAAACAUAAAGAGAUACAGAUUGAAAGCGUCGUCUUGUCCGGACAUCUUUAAGAAUUCCAUGAUAACCAUUAAUGAAAAAGAAGAGAAAUGGUACGACGACUGCGUAAGCUGUCUUGCGGACAUGUUCAACAUCACACUUUUUAAGAAGAUGACGUUUAAUUUUCUAUGUCUCGGCACUAUCAUUCUGUUCAUCUGGUUCAUCGUGCCUUAUUUUUACCUUGCGGAGCACAUGAGUCAUAAGGGUUAUAGCGAAGACGAUGGAGCUGUCAUGCUAAGUGUGAUUGGCAUAACUAAUACUAUUGGAAUGGUGGGCUUGGGCUGGAUUGGCGACUUUCCAUCAGUCUCCAUCGGCAACCUCUACGCCGUCUGUCUGGUCCUCUGCGGUGCCACUGUAGCCACUAUUCCCGUAGCAGUCUACAAUUACUGGUUCCUUCUCUCCAUUUCUGCAGCCUUUGGUCUUCUCUUCGCAGCGUCCUUUACUUUUACUCCAAGUUUGUUGGUAAAACUGGUGUCAUUGGAUGACUUUACCACUGCUUAUGGUUUGGUGCUACUUGCGCAGGGAAUUGGACAUUUGAUUGGACCACCAUUGUCAGGACUAAUCUACGAUUUGACAUUGUCGUGGGAGCUCUCCUUCUAUCUGGCGGGAGGCUGGAUUGUCCUCGCCGGAGUGCUAAUCGCUUUCAUCCAGCCGAUCCUCAGCUACCUGCAGAGGAAGGAAGACGCUUUAGAUAGAGGAAGUAACUCUAGCAUGGCUUAG